AUGUGUUCUCUCCAGCUCCAGCGGAGCUUUGGAAAUUUUGGAAGCCUGGAGCCAAUGGCCAAAGGUUUGCUGGUAGAGCAGCCUGCAGCACAUGGGCGUCAUGAGCGUGCCCGAAUCAUGCAGGGGCUGUGGUCAACACCAGGACGGCACUUCCAGCAGUGCCCAAGCGCGAGGCAGACUGAGUUCUUGCAAGUCGACACACUUGCACCACUGCCCGACAAAGUCCAGUGCCGUGAAGGGGUCCCCAUUGGAAACUUUAACGGCGACGAGUAUCACUUCAGCUGCUGCUCGGGAGGGGACUGCGGCGGCUGCCGCCUCGUGAACGGAAACAACCAAUGCCAGCAAUGCGCCGCCGGCUAUGUCAGGCAAGUCGUUCCGGUCAUCAACAAGACGCGGUGCUUCAUGUGUGACGACAUACCGGAGUGGCACGACAUGCACGGGCGCUCGUGUUCAGACUACGCAAAGCUUCACCUAUGCAAAGGCAGCUGGCCAGCCGAGAGCAUGGACAUACCUUUCCAUGGGCUUCGUCCAAGCGAUGCUUGCUGUGUGUGCGGGGGUGGUAAUGUUCGGGCUACUCCAACGCAGCUGCCACUAUCGGGAAGAGCUCUGUACCUUGGCCAAGAGGUGAAACCAAGGGACUCUGCCCCUGAACCCAUGCCAGAAGCCAUCGUGGUUGCUCCAAGCUGUGAUCUUUCAUCGAUGGGCUUGAAGCUGGCGAGCAAUGGGACGGUCACAGGGACGGCGACCAACGUGACGGAAGUGUCUUGCUCCAUGUCCUUGGUGCAGGACCCGGUUCGUGGCAUUGCCGACAGCGUCCAGUUGUCCUUCUCAGUGAGCCCGUUCACUUACGGAAGGCCCGAGCAAACAGACUCAAGAGUAGUGGGAAGCCGGAUGCUCAUCUUUGCAUCGUGGGGCUUGGAUGGGCUGGGCUCCCUGUCUUUGCUGGAGAGAACGAGGGGCUACCAGCCCUUUGAUCACUUCCACGACUUCCACUUGGCCUGUGAUCCAAGUUGCCCGUGGCUCUCCGUCAACCCCGAUUCCGGGGAACUCGUGGCGAAAUCGUUGGAGCCGGAGGUCUUUCCCGAAAGCAUGCGCGGAAGCCUCAUGCAGUUUGAGCAGAGUCCUUCUUGCAGUUGCCGCGUCACAGCAACCGACAAAGCAAAGGGGACCACAGCAAGCACCCAUGUCACAGCUCUGCAGACACGGCUUUGGAAGAAAGCUGUUUACCACGCCGAGAAUGCAAUCCUUGCACAAGUCGGCGUUGAAAUUCCGGCAGUCGAGCUCCAAGAGGCCUUGGGACGAGACCUUAAUGACUUGAAGUUCCUUGAGUGUCGCAAGUCCAUUCUGUUAUAUUCUGUUCAGCAUCGUGACCUGUUGUCCUUUGGUUUUCACCAAGGAGACGGCUUGCGUUGGUAUGUGGAUCACGAGGUGCAGGCUCCCGUGGUCGAAAAGGCAAACGGUGAUCGAUUUGUGGUGCUUCCGAGUCUUGCGCCGGCUAUUCUCGACGUGCAAUGCUCGGCAUCGGACACGCAGGGAAGGACUCGCCUUCUCAGUUGGUCCCGGAUCAGCGGAGACAUUUCUGUGGACGGCAGGGUGGCUUUCAACAUGAAUCCACGCACGGGCCUCGUCAGUGGUACGCCGGAUGUUGACUUGUCCAGUCCCACGGGCCGCGGCAGUCUCAACAUCUCUUGCGACGUAGCGUUGGGAGGCCCACUCUACGAGAAAGAGCUUCCGGUAGCCCGCCUGAAGAUCCAGGUCCUGGAUGACGUUUGCUGGGUGCCUUGGACGCCUGGCAAAGACUCCCGGAACAUGCGAUGGGUGGACUACGCCACCAGUGAGUGCAAGCAAAGGUGUCGUGCAAGAGAGGACUGCGGGGCUGUGUGCGAGCACGGCGCGCGCUGCCUCAUCCAGGCUGCCAACGGCACAAGCGCUUCCGAUGGGACAGUUGGGACCUGCAGCCUGCGCUUGAACAACUGCACGGAGGAGACCACCAUCCUGUCACUGUCAGCUCCGGACGCCAAGAAAGGCGUGAAAACCUCCAGAUCGUCCACGGACUACUCCGUGGUAUACACCCGGCCGGGCCUUACGAUGGAGAGGCAGCUGAUUCUCGUGCCGCCGAAACUGGUGCACAGUGACCUGGACAAGCUACCUGCUCAGUGUAAGGAUGCCUUCUGGCUGCUCCUGCACAUAAACUCCACUGACUUCCAAGUUGCUGGGAAAGCACCGGAGUUCUUCGGUCAGCCGAUGUCUUGCAUCAGGGAGGACGCUGUCAGCAUGGCCUUCGAGCAGGGCGAGGCCGGCGUGAACUUGAGCCUAAGCACCGCUGAGCUCGAGGAUCCCACGGUUUUGCAGAAGCCCAACGCCACGCUAAGAGCCACCUUCCGGCUCUCUGUGCCGUCUUGCCCAAAGCCUCCAGGGAGUUCUGAGGGCUUUGUGGUCGGUACACUCGAGGACCCUUCGUUGUAUACUCUGGAUGCCUGCGAAUGCUUUGGAGAAGCUCAUGCUUCUGAGCACCCGGUGUCCCACGAAUCGAACCAAGAGGUGCCCCGGAAUUCUAGCAACUUCAACGUGGGGCCUGUGGACGAUCAGAAGAUCUUCAGCGGAGCCUUUGCUUGCGAACAGAAUGCCCGAAGCCCAGCAUUUGCUCAGCAUUCGCUAAGCCGCAGCGCUCUGCUUGAACACCUUCUGGCAGCAAGCCUGACAGAGUGCAAAAAGGCAUGCCACAUGUCACCGAAGUGUCAAUUCUACCAGUACAUGACGAGUGGGGAAGGGUGUUCACUCUUUGAGCGCUGCGACAGCAUGCAAUACGUCGGCAUUGCCGGGUUUGUGAAUGAGCUGUAUGGCCGAGCACCGGAAGGAUCUUUCUGCCGCGUGGCAGACCCAGAGGCAUGCUGGAGGACAAUCAGACGGCGAAGCUUGUUGAGCCUGGUUCCCUCCGACUUGCCGUCGUGUUUGUUCCAAGAGCAGCAUGAUGCUUGUGACGUUCUACAGCUGCCCCUUAGCCCAACUAGACCAGUGUAG